UUAGAUACUAUCGAACAAAUAAAUACGCGAGUUCCACACUGACCGAAAAUCAGAUCGGUCGCCAUCGUUUCUACGUGAAGACACCAACAUGAAAGCCCUCGCCGCCUGCAUCAUCUUCGCAAUCUGCAUCACGGCGUCUCUGCAGGAGACUCCAUAUGAUCCGUGCGACGAUGGACCUGAGCCCAAGUCAUUGAGAGUAGAAGGAUGCAACAGUUCUCCUUGCAAUUUCUAUCGAGGAACUGAUAUAAAGGCGCAAUGGGAUUUUAUCGCCAACGCCGAUGCGAAAGCGCUGAGACCCGACGUGAAAGUCACGGUUAUGGGGGCUACGAUAAACUAUCCGUAUCCCGAGCAGGACGCGUGCAAAUCCCUGACGAAGGGCGAAUGCCCCUUGGACGAGGGUGACGAAGCAACGUACAACCUUAAGAUGCCGAUACAGGAUGCUCUUCCGUCUGUGACCGUGACCAUCAAGUUCAGCCUGUUAGACGAAAACAAUAAUGUGCACGUGUGCUUGCAGUUGGAAGGCAAGGUGACCAACAAAUAAGCUCUUGUUUUACAAUCUCGACAGCUUUAACACAUCUAUGCGAUAAUGGAAUCACCAAAUGAUUAUUAGUUACUGAUUUUUCUCACACAAAAAGGCUUUUUAUUUUGUAUUCGCGUCGAUUGUUUUGAUAUUCGAGAGUUGCUUUAGUAACUUUUACAAUUGAGAAGCGAACGAUGACAUCGAAUUUAAUAAGAUAUAUAUAUGCACGUUAAUAGAAUUAUAUCUUACCUAAAUGCGAAGAAAAAGGGGAAUUAAGAUAAUGAAUCAAUGAUAAAAUGAUUCGAUUAAGCGGCUGUGUAAUCUUCUCGCUCAAAUAUACAACCUUACAUUCUUUUGCAUAACAUAAAUCGUUAAAUUGUUAAACUUGAGCAAUAAUAUUGUAUCAGAUCAGCGACAUAAUUAAUAGAUAAUUAAAUAAAUUUUUAUAUCAAAUUUUCUUUAAUGUUAUGUUGUCCUUUUUUUCUUUCAAAAUAAAUAAAAUCUAAAUAAAUGAAAGUAUGAUAACGUGCAAUGAACAAUGCACGCUUGUUCAAUAGAAUAUAUCGAAAUGAAACUUUAAUUAUAUACAAAUUUUCCACAAUUAAUUUAUAAAUUGUUAAAUUUGGGCAAUAAUAUUAUCAGAUCAGCGACAUAACUAAUACAUAAUUAAAUAAAUGUUUAUCAAUGUUACGCGUUGCUGUCUUUUUUUCUUUCAAAAUAAAUGAAAUCUAAACGAAUGAAAGUAUAUAAUAACGUGCAAUGAACAAUUAAUUAAUGCAUGCUUGUUCAAUAGAAUAUAUCGAAUUGAAACUUUAACUAUACAAACUUUCAAUAAUUAAUUCAUAAAUUGUUAAACUUGAGCAAUAAUAUUAAUUGUAUUAGAUCAGCGACAUAAUUAAUAGCUAAAUAAAUUUUUAUAUCAAAUUUA